CUGGGAAUCAUUCUUCUGGACAAGCUUGUCAGCAGCAUCGGCCUUCUCCUGGAGCAUCGGCCUUCAUCAGGGUAUCACAUUCAACCCUCAGUCGGGCCAUCUCCUUUCCAUGUUGCUCAAAGGCAGAGCGGGCUCUGUGGUGGUAGAUCUCAGACUUAUCAAGGGUACUCUAACCACAUUCGAGAAGGUCCUCGGGAGCUUCCUGAGGAGCAAAGUCCUGGGGUACCUUGAGGUUAAGUGUAACACCCCCAAAAUUCCCACCCAAAAUAUUGAUAUAUUUGCAAUAAAACUUUUAUUUAUUGAUAAGUCAUUUGAAAAUUACAGCGGAAGUCUUAAUAGGGAAAUGAGUGUUACCGUCACAUCCGGUCAUCUCUUAACCGAAUGCACAGGCUAACAAAAAAACAACAACUAAAACAAGUGUUCAAUAUAAAUAAAGUGUUUAUUCCUGACUAAGUUUGACUAAGGCAUCUCUAAACCGCUCUCAAGAUCAUGCAAUCGCCAGUCAACAUAAUCAUCAUCACCUGCACAAAUAAAGUGCAGAAAACAAAACAAAGAAAAGGAAGCAAAAAUUAGCUUUAGAGCUAAGUAAGUACUACCCAACCCCGUAAAAUAAUUAGGUUUGUCAAAAUAGCUUUUUGUACCUUACUAGCUUUUAGAAGGGCGGUGCUCAACACUUUAGUUGAGCCCGGUGGUUACGUUGUUAUGUACGGCCACCCUGGGACUUUUGCCAGUACCACAACUGCUUAAUGGAAACGAAACGACUACCUUAAGUGUGCACACCCCCUAAAAGGGAUUCCAAGCCCUCCGAGUAGUAAGUCGUCACGAGUAGUCGGGACUCAGUCUACCAACUACCCCACCUUUAAAAACUUCUGAAUGAUUAGGGACUACUGCUACUACAACAGUACAACUUCUUCUUAAAAGGGAUCAAAGAUCCAAAUGUCACUCAAAACUGAAACUGUACUCCUUAGUAGUAGCAGCUCUAAUCACCCUCCACAUUUUAAGGGACGUGGAAAACCAACACCUCAGAUUACUCCCGCGGUGCCUACCUCUUAUGAAAACAUUCCUUUUAUCUUGAAUCAAGAUACACUUCAAAAUAUUUCUCAAUCUCUCUAAACAGUCUCAAAAAUAUUUAAUACCCCAAAAGUACAUGCAUCUUUCGCAUUUCUCAAAAUACUAUUAAUUCAAUAUCUUUUCCAAAUAUCACAUAUGCAUAAUCUAUAACUCAAAACAAAAUCACACAUAGCAUAAUAAUCAUAUAAUACGAGGAAAAACAUUUUGGAUCGGCAGAGAAACUUACCUUAAAUUGGUGACGCUCCUGGUGCACGCCUUCUAACUCGGUCUCUAGAUCACCUUUUUUAUUAAGAUUUCAAAAUCAGUCCGUUGUUCUAUAAUCAUCCGAUUUUCCCCUGUAUUAUUUUAUUACUCAAUUGUUCGGUGUUCGAACCAUUUACUUUAAUCAUUUGAUUAUUAUAAUAAUCCUUUCAUUAGUUUUUGAUUAAUUAAACUGUCCCUCUAGUUUUUAAUAGGUCCAAGCCCAAAGUUAUAAAACAGAACCAGCGAUGCACUUACGAAAGAAAAAGAAACAGAGCUUCUGGUGCGUCGUCUUCGUCGAUGCUCUUGGCCGGCCAACGGAAGCCUCGCCCAACGGUGAUCCGCAGGCGCCGUCUAGUAACCGCUCCGUCUAGUAACCACUCCAGUAGGUUUCUCCUCCAGUGACUUCCGGCGUGAAGACGACCUUGUACUUCGGUCCCGCAACUUGACGACUCUCCCUCCGGCGUGGAACCUAGCCCGGUGAACUCCGGCGAGAGAUUUCUCCGACUUCUGACGUUCGUUUUUCUCCUUCUCUCUCUUGUCUUCUUCCCAUCUCACUGGAUGAAGGUCUGAGAUGGUUUUAUCUCUCAUUUUUUGGUACAGCGAAGAGUCCGAUUUCUAUGUAUAUAUGCGUAUAUAGGUGUAUAUCAUUGUUGCUCUUUGAACGGGAGAAAACGUUGGUCAAUGGUUAUGUAUUUAUACUGAUAAGAGGGAGACCUAGACUGUGUAUAUCACUCAUCCGAUAGGUUUAAGGCUUUGAGCGUUAAAUACUACGACGACUCCUUCAAUAUUAUCUCAC